UGGGGACCCAUGACAGCUGACAGCUCCGGAGGGUUCUCGGUGGAUUGGAGACAGUAAUGGCCGCACUUGCCAGUAAAUUAAUUCGGCAGAAGAGAGAGCUCCGAGAUUCCGGAGGAUCACGCCCCGUACCCCCGCAGAGGAAAGUCUGUCCGAGAGGAACCAAAUCCCUGUGCCAAAAACAGUUGCUCUUCCUGGUCUCCAAAGUUCGCCUCUGCAGCCAAAGAGGAGCACUGGACAAAGACCCCGAACCUCAACUCAGAGGGAUUGUGACCCGUUUGCUCAGCCAAGUUGGAUAUUACCUUCAAUUUCUUCCUGAUGGGACCAUAUCGGGGACCACCGAGGAACUGAGCCCUUAUACUCUCUUCAACGUCAUCCCAGUGGGUCUUCGGGUGGUGGCCAUCCAGGGCUCGGCCUGCGGUCAGUACAUCGCCAUGAAUUCUGAGGGUUGCCUCUACGGAUCGCUUCAGUUUACAGCGGAGUGUCGCUUCAAGGAGAGCGUCUUCGACAAUUACUUUGUCACCUACUCAUCCACGCUUUACCGUCAGCGCAGCUCUGGCCGUGGAUGGUACUUGGGUCUGAGAAAAGAUGGAAGGUUCAUGGAGGGCAACCGGGUGAAGCGGCACCGACCCGCUGCCCACUUCCUGCCCAAGCCCCUUCAUUCAGUUGCUCUCUAUAAGGAUCCGUCUGUUCACGAUGUCCUCAAAAUGUCGCCAAAGAGACGCCUGAGUGCGAAGCCCAGCACGCGGGUGAGGGGAGCGCGGUGAAGGACAAGGAACGGGACAAACUGUACAGUCAC